AUGGCUGAAAUUAGUUACUCUCCAUCCAAUUAUAAACAACCUAAUAGCAAUACUCAUAUUACAGAGAAAGAACAAAUUGCUGUGAAUAUUAUUGAACAUAUGGACAAUGGCCAAAUGUUACAUUAG